AUGGCACCAGAUCCCGUCGCAGAAAAAUCCGGAUUCCUUCGCAUGUAUAUGUCGAAUCAUCCUGACACGCUGGUUGCAUAUGCGAAGUGGUUUGGGAAGGUCAAAGAGGUCAUCACCAGCGCGGAAAUGACGGCGAUCGACUGCAAUAGCAUGACGUUGACCUGCACGAUGAAAGGAGGCUCGAAGAAGGAGGUCAGGGUCCCUAUAGAGCCCCCACUUUCUGGCUAUGAAGAUGUGAAGCCUCGUCUGCUCGAAAUGAAAGCGUUUGCUCAGGAGGGACUAGGAAUGAUCAAAGCUCCGCAUAUCACAACCUUUGAAUUCCCCAGGGACGCCUGGGUAAUGACAGUGUUGUAUUUCUUUGGGCUAUUUAUCUACAAUCUCCCUGGUCAUCCAUCCAUCUUCGGCCAAACUGCAGAUUUCAUAACUGCGUACACCGGAACCACUGUGGUUAAAUGGUUACUUUGGACUAUUUCAGGCCUUCACAGCUUAGAAUCGAUCUACAUGUACAGCCUGUGCCGAAGACAUUCCACUGGAUUUGCACUCGGGGCCAUGUAUGUUGUAUCAACUUUCUUUGGCGGCUUCCCAACCUGGGUCAAUCUAAGGAAAAAAAUCCAAGCAGCUCGUAUCGAUUCUGUAAUGAAAAUCCAGUAA